AAACUGCGGGUGCGCGGUUUUGAAUGUCCUCGCGCAACUAGCCAACAAUUGCUGGCCCUCAGUGCUCGUCAUGAUUGUCUACCCGAUCCUCUGACAAGACGCACCCUGAUGCGUGGGCAAGCAUGAAAGAGCCGCGCAGAGGACAUGCAAGACGCUGCCACAACGUGGAGUGUCGCAGCGAACACGGGAACGACGAGCAUGCUUUCAAGAAUCCACUCAGCAAGUGGUGCCGUCGCAAACGCCACAAAGAUGACGAAGCCCAGCUCCUGGAUCCAGACUAUGAAGGUGGCAACGAGAAUUCCCAAGGACUUCGCAGUCGCAAGAGCGACACGAGCACUGCCACAGAACCCUCAAUGCCGCAGCAGAAGCAACAUAAGCCCAGGACAGUGUUGGAACAACAGCUCCCUCCCGUUGUACUGGUCGAAGACCUCAGCACCCGUACCAGAAUACAACCUGCGCCCGAUAAGCAAAAAAUGGUUUCGACGGUGUCAACGAAACCUUCCACACACGCGUCGUGUCAGCCGCUGCGAGCUUCCGAGAAGACUCGGCCCUUGUGCCCCGCUGAACGAGCAAGGCAAGCAUUUCCGGGGUGCCGUGACAAGUCUCCAGGACCUUCCGACGUGGCGUGCGAGCCUCAGCGACCAAUCACAGUGCAGUCGCUCGAUUCGCUGCUCAGCCAGCUGUGCCCUGGUGGCAAGCACUGCCUAUCCAUGAAGAUCAAGGACCAGCAAGACUCUGUGCCAGUCAAGCCAGCUGUCGACGAUAAAAGCUUGCAUACCACCGAGGACGUGACACAGCGGCACUGCAACAUGAGCAACUUUCCAAGCAGCUUCCCAGCGAGCAUCGAGGUCCUCAUGACGGUCAACCACUCAUGUGGCAUGCACAAGACCCUAUCGGAGAGACGACUUCAUCACGACAGUUCGGCACUCAGCGUGGUCCACACUAAACCGGGACACCAGCAAGAGAUCAUCUCCAUUCCAAAGUCCCGCUUCAUCAUGGUGUCGGCCCUGCUGUCUUUCGUGAUCCUUGCCUGCUUCUCAGUUACUAUCUACUCUUUCUCCAUGCCCCCUGACUACGCCAUGCACUCUGGCAACCACAGCAGCCCAGCAAGCAAGUCCAUCACUCCGCCAGCUACAAGCGCGAUGAGACCGAUGUCCACCAAGGAAACGGACCGCAACGCCAGUGCUUCGACGGGGCCAACUCAAGAACUGCACGUCGCCGAACUGAUCGUGCAGCGUCUUGGUGACAGACGUCCAACAAGCCUUUACCUGGGGCACCGGCGGCGCAUCGUGAUGCUUUAAAACCGGAACCACCAAGAACACA